AUGCUAGCAACAGAAGUUGCAAAUGAACUUGGCUUUGAUAUAGGGAAUGGUGAUUUCAAGACCUUGUGGUCUAUGAACAUUCUUCCUAAAUGGAAAUUGUUCUUGUGGAAACUUCUUCAUAAUGGUAUCGCUACUAAGGUUAAUCUUGGGCAAAGAGGUAUUCAACUUUCUAUGAUAUGUGAUCUUUGUGGUAUGGGGGAUGAAGAUAAUCAACAUCUCUUCCGGUUUUGUGAAAUAGCGCAACAAGUUUGGAGGAAUGGAGCGUUAGUAAUCCAUUCAGAAUUCAACGAAACUAUGUCUUUCAAAGAGUGGUUUCUGUUUUAUAUCCGACUAUUCCAACGCCAGGAUGGCAAGAAUAGCCCAAGAUGUAUUUAUUUUAUUAGUACUCUUUGGGGUUUGUGGUUAUCUAGGAAUAACCACAUUUUUAGGAAGGAAGCUACUACUGUUUCAGCUGUUCUCGCUUUCAUUAAGAUUGGCCUGGAUCAACAUGGAAUUCUGCAAGAUCAACGUAAACCUUUUUUAAGGUUUAUGCAUACAUCAGAGGUGAUUUCUGUUUUUCCUCCAGGGUUUUCGAGGGUCAUUUUAGUUGGAGCGGAAGAUCAUGGUCCUAUUACUACCAUCGUGAUUGAUGGUUCGUGGCACAAAAACACUAGGAAUGCAGGUAUGGGUUGGUGUCUUGACAACCAAUAUACUCCGAGUGAUAGAAUUCUGGGAGGAGCUCAAUUUGGUUAUGCGGAUUCUGCUCUUCAGACAGAGGUUACGGCAUGUCUUCUUAGCUUACGUUGGGCUGCUGAGGCUGGGAUUGGAAGAGUUACAAUUUUUUCAGACUCUCAACGACUGGUUGAUUUGCUAAGAUCGGAUGAUGUGACGGACAUUCAACUCAUUUGGACGCUUGCUGAAAUUAGGAGGAUUGCCAAAAACUUUAACUGGUGUUGCGUCAACAAGGUAGAUCGGAAACGAGUUCAACAUGCUCAUGACCUGGCGACAGCGACUUCUACUCUUCUUCUGUCCUUUAUUAAUUUUCCGUCUCUUUCUAGUUGUCAUUAG